GGUUAGGAAAUUCUUGUAAAUUUUGCAAAUGGCCGCAUUUCUCUGUUAAUGUUCUUGUGAUCUUGAACGACGUGGUGAAAAUUUUCUGUUUUUCACAGUGAUUCAGUGAGAGUUUCUGGGAUAUUUCGGUGGAAAAGCAUCACCAAACUUGUAUAUUUUGUGUUGCACGUGAAAAUUUACCAAUUGCUGGAGCAAUUGUUGGUGAAAAAUGGCAAAACUUGUCUAUGUGUAUCGCUCUGAAGAGGAUAGUGUCAGAAAUAUUGGGCGACGACAGCUCCCGCUUGUCGUUGGAGAUAAUUUAAUGAUGCUGAUGGAUUUGAAUACGAAGGGACUUGUAUUUGAUCAUCCGACUGUGAGAGGACGGGAUUUGGAGGAAUUCCUACGGAAGUAUACAAUUCUCACGCAGGAAGAGUUCAAGAAGUCUCUGCAGGUGUCAUGUGAGGAGUUCACAUCGGUGCUGAGCCAGAGUGUGCCGUGUGUUGGGUGUCGCCGGAAUGUAGAGAGGCUGUUCAUGCAGAUGAGCCAAUGUGUAUUCCCAACGCUCGAUCCUCUCGUGAUUACGGCCAGUGGAGUACUCACUGUGUCAGAUGAGAAGAUAGCAACACCUGUGGCCAUCUGCACCCUCCUUCACAAUCACAAUAUUCUGCUCAAUAAUCUUCUGGAUAAUAUGCCAAGGAGCAAGAAGAGCUCUCGCUGUGGACUCCAUUCGCUCGAUACAUUCAGGUCUCGUCCGUUUUCGGAGUUGUGGCGAGAUGUAUGGAGUUGUAUGAAGCAACGGUGUCGUGAGAAGGUGGUAAUCAUUGAUUCACAAGAACUCCAAUAUACUCUCGAUGAAUAUCUGAAGAAGCACAAAUUCUGCCAAGAUUGUCGAACUAAGGUUGAAAAAGCUUAUGCUUUUCUUGUGGGAGAAAACAGUCCGCCGAAAGAGAAGGGCUUUGUGGCGGCUCUGUAUGCUGGCAUAAAACGCUGCACAGAUGAGAAGCACAUCCACUUGCAAACAAAAGCAGACUAUAUUGAUGGGCUGAUUAAGCGAGCGGAACCGGAAUUGAAUGGGAAUGGAUCGAGGCACCGGGAGCGACAUGCCAAGACAAUGGAAAUAGCCCAGGAGGAGGUAUUAACGUGCAUUGGGAUGUGCAUGUAUGAGAGACUGCGUCGGAUUCAUAUGGUGCUGAAGGAAGAGGAGAAUGCAUGUCAGGUGCUUGCGGCCGUUUCUGUACACUGUCUCUGCCGCAGUUUUGAUAUGGCAGUGGAAAAGAAGCGUGGUAAGAGCAAUUUGGAGCUGCUGUAUGAGGAAAUUAGUCGGGCGGAGAGGGCUAAGGAGCAGCGUCGAGAGCAGAAGAAGCUAAAGAAGAAGCGAAAGAAGAAUGAGAAGAAAGGUUUGGCUUCGUGUCGUGGCUGUAAUUCGACUGGAGCCACGGAGGAAGAUGAGGAGGAAGAAUCCCAUGUUGUUAGUAAUCAAGCGGAUGUUGAUGAUGAUGAUGAUGAUGAUGAAUUUGAGCCGGAAGAGGAGAUGAAGCACCAUUCCCAGGUUGAGAAAUUCAAGUGUCAACUGGCGGAUGAGGAUGAUGGUGAGGAGCAAGAUGGGGAUGAUGAGGGUAGUCGGGGAGAAAUGAUGUGUGAACAGAAGGCGAAGAAAAAGAAGAAGGGUGCCAAGGAAGCUGCAGGAAAGAGGGAGAAAAAGACAAUUGCAGUGAAUAAUAAUAAUAAUAACAAUUCCAAGGACAGAGGCAGAGGGUGUCUAGCGGGGAAGGGUGCAGAGGAUAUCAAGGAUGAGAUUUCCGUGACUUCUUGUCAUUCCUGUGAAAACACCUGUACCCAGUCUAUCGAUGGGGGCUAUGUGUCGGAGCCAUCCAAUCACGAGGGUGCAUGCUCAUCCAUUCUCUCAUCCACGGCUCACUCGGGCGUCUCUAGUCUGUCCAGUACACCAGAGGGCUCUGAAGUGGCGUGCUCCGACGGAUUCUGCAAUCAUGAUCCCCGAACGGACGACGGUAGGUGUCACCGCGGCGGAUCACCUGAGCACAAUUCCAAGAAGGAUGGCAGACACUCAGCCAAUGUUUGUGGUCAACCCCUCAGUCUUCAAGAGAUGCUGGGGAAUCAGUCGGAGACGGAGGAAGAUGUUGGUGAAGAUGUAAACUAUAUCCCGGUCGAGAUGGUGCAGGAGUUUAAGCUGAGACAUGCCAAUUUGAAGCAGGCCCGUGAGGAGUUCCGGCAAAAUCUACGCAGAAACUUCGCUCAAUUGUGCAUGAAGACGUCGGUGGCCAAGUAAUGUAAGGGGCAGCGGCCAGGUGUGUAGGAGUGUAGGAGAUGCAAAAUGUGAGGAAAUUGUUCGAUGGCGAUUAGUCAAGUUUUUGGUGGAAGCAGCUUCAGAGCAUGGACAUAUUGUUCCAAAAUAAAUCCCAUUAUUCUUUAUUGUUGUCUAGCGCGAGAAUUCUGGUGAAGUUAGAGAAAAAAGAAAGUGGGGAGUUUUGAACUCUUGUAAUUCUGUUAUCGGAAGAGAUGAGAGGAUGGAAACAAAGAAGCGAGUAACCGAAGGAAAAAUAAAUAUUGCAAAGCA